UAAGGGUGACAGCGAUUUGUGACGUCACAACAAAGCGCCCCUGCGUGUGCUCGUGCGACUCCAGCCAGGCGUAGGUUGUGUUGAAAUGUUAGUUUGUAGUUUAAUUUAAUAAUAAUAAAAAGGGAUUUUAAGAUGCCGAUGAAAGGACGGUUUCCGAUCAGGAGGACUCUGGAGUAUCUCCAGAAGGGCGACAUCAUCUUUAAAAACAAAGUGAAGAUCAUGACGGUGAACUACAACACGCACGGAGAGCUCAGCGAGGGAGCAAGAAAGUUUGUGUUCUUCAAUAUUCCUCAGAUUCAAUACAAAAACCCGUGGGUCCAAAUAAUGAUGUUCAAAAAUAUGACACCAUCACCGUUUUUGAAGUUCUACCUAGACCAUGGGGAGCAGGUUCUGGUGGAUGUGGAAGGAAAGGACUACAAACAAAUUUCACAACAUGUAAAGAAGAUUUUAGGCAAAUCAGAAGAAGUGCUACAAGCCGAGGCUCAAGCCAAGAUGCAGGCCUCCAACCCUGCCAACUUUGGGCCGAAAAAGUACUUUCUGAGGGAAUGUAUCUGUGAGGUGGAGGGCCAGGUGGCGUGUCCUGGCACCACACCGCUGCCCAAGGAGAUGACGGGCAAAUACCGUGCCAAGAUGGCAGCGUCACAGGAGUGACAAGCCAAGGAGGAGAGCUGACCAUUGUAGAUUCUCUGGACAAUAUUAUUUUAUUGUGAUUUUUAUAUGAUCACAUAAAAAAGGACGACCACAUUGCAUAUUAUGUUGUAAAUAUGUGUAAUUAAAUGCAUCCCACUA